AUGGCCUUCUGGGAUCUAAGUGAUAGUCAACGUAUGGGUGCUGGAUUAAUUGGUUUUGCAUUUUUCUUUAUUUUACUUGGUUUUGCUCUAUUUUUUGAUCGAGCUUUAUUAGCACUUGGUAAUAUAUUUCUUAUCGUUGGUGUUAUUCUUCUUUUGGGAAUUGGUCGAGCACGAACAUUUUUUGUACAACCAGAUCGUUUAACUGGUUCAGCUUGUUUUUUUGCUGGUAUUGCUUUACUUCUUCUUCGUUGGCCAAUUGUUGGUGUUAUACUUGAAAUAAUUGGAUUUUAUAAAUUAUUUGGUGGAUUUUUUCCUGUGAUUAUAUCAGUUCUUCGAUCAAUUCCUGGUUUUGGUUUGGUACUUUCUUUACCAUAUAUUUCAACAUUGAUUAAUAAAUUAGAAGGUACUGAUAAUAAAAAACCAACAAUAAAAAAAUCUGUUGUAACAACAAAUCCAGCUAGACCUGUUAAUAUUGGUCAAGAACUUGGUCAACGAAAUAUCAAAUGA